AUGUUUUAAAAACACUGUUGGACUUUCAUCGGGUGGGUAGAGCUACAGCUGUGGGCAGAUGUAGUUUUAUGAUUGAUAUAUAAUUACAAAGACAAUGGAGAGGAGAGCAGGGACAGUUUCGGCGAUUAAAGCGUUAGGGUACCCUGGUGGCUCGUGCCUCUCACGGUGUCAAUGUGAUGAACUUCCUUGUCCUCUGCUAACCUGGCUGGCCGCAGAGCUGAGGAGCCUUUGUCCAGAACUGCAAGAGUUAAACCAGACAGGUGACAUCUUACUAGUGGGAGAGCUGAGAAAUUUACUAUCAAACAUGUCGCCUCCCCUUACUCUCCUUAACUCAGAGGUGCUUGGACCAUCCAUCCUCAACAAAGUCACUGAGUUUCUUGUAUCAGAGUUGCAAGCAGCUCGCAUAAUCAUAUAUAAGGAAUCAAAUGCUGAAGAGAAAACAACAGAAGAGGAGUCUGAAAAGGAGCAGCGAGUUGUUGAUUGCAGCUGUAAACUUGCUGAGAUUUGCCAAGAAAAUGUGGAUGAUGAUGUUUCAGAUGAAAGGAAGGCAGAGAUGCAGGCAGAGUGGAUUUUCCUGCUGCGUGCACUCGACUUGGAUGCAUCCUCUCCACUCACAGAUGUGUUAAAAGAGGUAGAGUCAAGGCUCGCUCGCCUUCCAUGUGGGGAUAUGACAAAUCCACUUCUCAACACGAGCCUCAGCCCUGAGCAGUGGGAACAAGUUAAAAAGAUCAAUGACGUCCUGUCAGAGGACUAUCAGUGUCGACGGCAAAUGAUGAUUAAACGUUUUCAGGUGACACUGGAGUCGUUUGCAUGGGGAGAAAAACAAAAGCAGCGCAGUGAAGCUCUGGCAUCAGUACCUCCUCUUUCAUCGCUUGCUGGCUCCUCCAGAGUUUCUUUGUCCCAUUUGAUUGCUUCGCGAGAAGAUCAGUCCGUUAUUGAGUCAAUUAAAGCUGGACAAAGCACCACUGUUUAUAAGACAUUGAUGGGCAGUGUACCAGACAGAGGAGGACGACCAGGUGAAAUUGAGCCACCAAUGCCAGCCUGGGAAGGUAGAAGAACCCAAGGAAACAGAUCAGGACGAGGUGGACACCAUCAACGGCGUAAAUUUCCAGAUAAGAAGAAAAAAGGGAAAAAAGAAUAAGUUUUGCUUUCUCUUUACUUUAGAAUUUAAAUAUCUUUGGAGUGCUUAUCCUUUUCAGUUGGGCACAAGUAUCUUGUGUUAACUUCAAAUCUUGUCUUUAUUUAAAUUAUUAUGAGAUGCAACAUGGCUGUUAAAUGCUACAUAUGAUUUUAUACCUAAAAUGUACAUUUUCUGUAAUGUACUGGUAUACGAUGAGACAUUUUUGUUUACUGAAAAGGAGAAAAAAUAUAUUUUUGAAUGGUGCUUUUGGCCGUAUAUACAUGUCGGUUUACUCAAGAAUAAACAUAAGAAACAUGGGGA